CUUCCUUCUCUCCCGGGGUAUGGAGCCACAGCGGAGUGCGGGACCGGGGAACCUUGAGGGGAUGGGCAGGCAGGACAGCUCCUCUUCCACUUAUGUAGGAUGCCACCUCAGAGGAGGGAGCGGAACCCUAAGGGCGCCCAGUUAUUCCUCCCUCCACUCUCCGACAUAGAGCCACAGCAUGGGGGCCUACUGGGCUCUGCGCUCCUCUCUCCUCCGGUCUGCAGGGGUCGCUGCAGAAGGCGCAGCAGUUGCACUACUGGGUGAUGGCGGCCUCAGCGAUUUCGUCUUCGGGGCCGCGGGUAGCCCGGACCAUGUUGGGGCAAGUGGUGCUGCCUGGGGAAGAGCUCCUGCUGCCCGAGUCGGCGGGGCCGGGCACCGAGGGCUCCGCGGAGCAGACGCUGCGCUUGGGGGCAGUAGUGCGGCCCCGCACCCGCGUGGUGUGUGGUCCGGGCCUGAGGCGCUGCGGUGACCGCCUACUGGUCACCAAGUGCGGGCGGCUUCGCCACAAAGAGCCCAGCGGUGGAGGUGGCGGUGGCGGCGGCGGCGUCUACUGGGUGGACUCCCAGCAGAAACGAUAUGUCCCCGUUAAAGGAGACCAUGUGAUAGGCAUUGUGACGGCUAAAUCUGGUGACUUAUUCAAGGUUGAUGUUGGAGGAAGUGAGCCAGCUUCUCUGUCUUACUUGGCAUUUGAAGGAGCAACCAAAAGAAACAGACCAAAUGUGCAGGUGGGAGAUCUCAUUUAUGGCCAGUUUGUUGUUGCCAAUAAAGACAUGGAGCCAGAGAUGGUCUGUAUUGAUAGCAAUGGAAGAGCAAAUGGAAUGGGUGUAAUUGGACAGGAUGGCCUGUUGUUUAAGGUGACACUCGGUUUAAUCAGAAAGCUUUUAGCUCCUGAAUGUGAAAUUAUCCAAGAGAUAGGAAAGCUCUACCCACUAGAGAUAGUAUUUGGAAUGAAUGGAAGAAUAUGGGUAAAAGCAAGAACUAUUCAACAGACUUUAAUUCUGGCAAAUGUUUUGGAAGCCUGCGAACACAUGACAACAGAGCAAAGGAAGCAGAUCUUUUCCAGAUUGUCAGAAAGUUGACCUCCGCUUCUCUGCUUCAUUCUUUAUGUGAAUAUGAUGUGAGCUUGUGGUGGUGACACUGAAGGUUUUAUAAGGACUUUUUCAUUUUCAGAUGGAAGCUUGCCUUUUCCCCAGUUCUUCAGGAUAAUGUACAGUAAAUGCUUUGGAAGUUUUUUAUUAGUAAGAAAGCCAUUAAUUGUACUUUGAUCUACCUGUAUUAAAAUGAGUAUAGAACAA